UGUGUGUGUGUGUGUGUGUGUGUGUGUGUGUGUGUCGGUCGCUGUGAUAAUCAGAUCCGCAUGAAGCUGCAUCUGCUCGGUCUGGACCUCUCUGUCUGCCCGGGGAAAGUUUGGAGAGAACCGGGACAAGGAGUCAAAGUCUGACGGGUUUGCUCUCCCCGCUGGUACCCCUCCGCCCCGGAGCCUGCUGGCCGGGUCCAGAGCACUCUAACCCGGCUGCUGCUCGUCGGAUUCAGCCGCUGAUCGGUUCGAGCCGCUGGAUGACUUUUACACAUUUUCUCUCCACAGUUUGUUCUCCGCCCUGUUCUCUGAGCAGAAGCUUCCAGUGAAACCAGUGAAGAGAAACUUCAGAUCUGCAGAGUUUCAUCGCUGCUGCAGGAUUUAACUUCUAUAAAACUCUUUUUGGAUCGAGAGCUGCUGCUUCUAUCGCGUUAGUUUCUACGUCAGAGAUGCUCGUCAGCGAGAGGAAACCUUCCCUGCAGGAUUUAACCGGAGAGCGAUGUGAUCGAGGCCAGAGAACGCUCUGCUGACCACCAACAGUGGGACUGGUCUGGGACUGGUCUGGGACUGGUCUGGGACUGGUCUGGGACUGGUGUGGUGGCUGUGGUUAGAGCCUGGUGGUCCCAGGUAGCAGGUGAUGAUGUCAGGUGAGAGCAGCCCCCCGCUGGCCUCGCCGCGCCCCUCCCCCGCGCCGCCGCAGCAGCCCGCCGCCCCGCCCACGCCCUCGCCGUCCCCGAGCCCGCCCGCCACGCUCUGCAGCCGGCUGUCCAACGGCAGCCUGACGGCGCCGAGCCGCACCAACUCCCGAGGAUCCAUCCAGGGCGUCUCCUUCCUGCUGCAGAUCGGACUCACCAGGGAGACGGUGACCCUCGACCCCGGAGACCACUCGCUGUCUGCCGUCAGGGAGCUCGUCUGCUCCAUCGUCGACCAGAAGUUCCCUGAAUGUGGAUUUUUCGGGAUGUAUGACAAGAUCCUGCUCUUUCGCCACGACCUGAACUCUGACAACAUCUUGCAGCGUCUGAGCUCAGCGGACGAGAUCCAUGAAGGAGACCUGGUGGAGGUGGUGCUCUCUGCUCUGGCCACAGCCGAAGACUUCCAGAUCCGCCCUCAUGCGCUCUACGUCCACUCCUACAAGGCGCCGGCCUUCUGCGACGACUGCGGGGAGAUGCUGUGGGGGCUCGUCAGACAGGGCCUCAAGUGUGAAGGUUGUGGUCUGAACUACCACAAACGAUGUGCGUUCAAGAUCCCCAACAACUGCAGCGGCGUCCGCAAGAGACGUCUGUCCAACGUGUCGCUGCCGGGCAGCGUCCUGUCCGUCGCUCGCCCCCCGUCCACCGAGUUCACCCCGCUGCCACAGGAGGAGCGCCCCCUGCUGCUGGGUGCCGGGAAGCGUAACUCCCUGCUGAGCGGGCGUCCCAUCUGGAUGGAGAAGAUGGUCCUGGGGCGGGUCAAAGUCCCUCACACCUUCUCCGUCCACACCUACACCCGACCCACCAUCUGCCAGUUCUGCAAGCGGCUGCUGAAGGGCCUCUUCCGCCAGGGCAUGCAGUGCAAAGAUUGUAAAUUUAACUGCCAUAAGAGAUGUGCGGCCAAAAUCCCUCGAGACUGUCUCGGAGAGGUCGACUUUAAUGGAGAACCGGCCAGUCCCAGUCUGGACUCGGAGGCCACCAUGGAGGUGGACAACAGCGACGCCAACAGUGACGGAGGACACAGCAUGGACGAGACGGACGACAAGCUCUUCUUCAUCGAGGGGCCCGGCGCCGACGGGGACAAGGACGACGAGACCAUCAGGGCCAUCAGCCCGUCGACCAGCAGCAACAUCCCUCUGAUGCGAGUGGUUCAGUCCAUCAGGAACAACAAGAGGAAAAGCUCCACGGUGGUCAAAGAGGGCUGGAUGGUCCACUACACCAGCCACGACAACCUGAGGAAGAGACAUUACUGGAGGCUGGACAGCAAGACUCUGACUCUGUUUCAGAAUGAAAGUGGAGCCAAGUAUUACAAGGAGAUCCCGCUGUCGGAGAUCCUGCAGGUGGAGCCGGCGCAGGACUUCGGCAGCCAGCCGCCGGCCAGCAACCCUCACUGCUUCGAGGUGAUCACAGCCAGCAUGGUGUACUACGUCGGGGAGGACAGCGGCGGCCUCCACCACAACCCCGUCCUGGCGGCGUCCGGCGUGGGGCGGGACGUGGGCGGCAGCUGGGAGAAGGCCAUCCGGCAGGCCAUGAUGCCCGUCACGCCCAAGGCCAGCGUCGGCACCGGGCCGGGCCAGGGGAAGGACCACAAAGAACUUUCUAUCAGCAUAUCAGUGUCCAACUCCCAGAUACAAGAAAAUGUGGAUAUCAGUUCAGUGUAUCAGAUCUUUGCUGACGAGGUUCUCGGCUCCGGACAGUUUGGGAUCGUCUACGGAGGUAAACACAGGAAGACGGGCCGAGACGUGGCCAUUAAAAUCAUCGACAAGAUGAGAUUUCCCACCAAACAGGAGAGUCAGCUGAGGAACGAGGUGGCCAUCCUGCAGAACCUGCACCACCCGGGCAUCGUGAACCUGGAGUGCAUGUUUGAGACCCCGGAGCAGGUGUUCGUGGUGAUGGAGAAGCUCCACGGAGACAUGCUGGAGAUGAUCUUAUCCAGCGAGAAGAGCCGGCUCCCUGAACGCCUCACCAAGUUCCUGGUCACUCAGAUCCUGGUGGCUCUCCGACAUCUCCACUUCAAGAACAUCGUCCACUGUGACCUGAAGCCGGAGAACGUUCUCCUGGCCUCAGCUGAACCUUUCCCUCAGGUGAAGCUGUGUGACUUCGGCUUCGCCCGGAUCAUCGGGGAGAAGUCGUUCCGGCGCUCGGUGGUCGGCACGCCGGCCUACCUGGCGCCCGAGGUCCUCCGCAGCAAAGGCUACAACCGCUCGCUGGACAUGUGGUCGGUGGGCGUCAUCAUCUACGUCAGUCUGAGCGGGACCUUCCCCUUCAACGAGGACGAGGACAUCAACGACCAGAUCCAGAACGCCGCCUUCAUGUACCCGUCCAACCCCUGGAAGGAGAUCUCAGAGCACGCCACAGACCUGAUCAACAACCUGCUGCAGGUGAAGAUGAGGAAACGUUACAGCGUGGACAAGUCUCUCAGCCACCCCUGGCUGCAGGACUACCAGACCUGGUUGGACCUGAGGGAGUUUGAGACGCGGCGUGGCGAGCGUUACAUCACCCACGAGAGCGACGACGCUCGCUGGGAGGAGCACGCUGACGAGCAGGGCCUCCUCCUGCCCCGACACUUCAUCAUGUCCCCCAACCUGGACGACAUGGACGAGGACCCCUAGAGGCCCCAGAGACCCUCAGGGUCCUAAGACCCUAAGGGUCCU